UGGAAUCGUUUUAUCCUUCGACAAAUAUGUCUUGAGUUACAAUUACAAGUAGCAGGAGAAAAAGAUAUAUGGAUUUAUAUACUUGUUGUGAGAACCCUAGAUCAUAUCGGUGCAAAGUUUGCAUCCAAUAUGGCAGAAAGAUGGACGUAACCUCUUUAAAUUUAAAGCUCGCAGUCGUUACAUUUCCUUGAUAGCUGCAGUAUCAAUUUCUCUUCAACUAUGAAAGACAACGAGGCCACCAGGAUUAUUGGAUCAAACGUGAUUUUAAUACCUUAUAAGAAAAAACAUGUUAGAAGGUAUCACGAAUGGAUGAAAUCGGUAGAACUACAGUAUUUUACUGGCUCAGAAGCUUUGACUUUAGAAGAAGAAUUUCAGAUGCAACAGCGAUGGCAUCAAGACCAAGACAAGUGUACCUUCAUUAUUUUAGAAAAAAGCAUCUUUUCUACAACCUCCAACGAAAUAGAAGCCAUGAUCGGUGAUACAAAUUUGUUUUUCAAUAAUCUGGAUGAUCCGAAAAGCGCUGAAGCUGAGAUUAUGAUAGCAGAUAUUGCUUAUAGGAACAAGAAGAGGGGUUGGGAAGCAAUGAUUUUAAUGUUACUAUAUGGAAUUGACACAUUGAAGGUGACUACAUACACAGCAAAGAUCAAAUUCAGCAAUGAAAAGAGUAUUAAAAUGUUCAAAAAAUUAAAAUUUGAAGAGAUAGAGAAAAGUCAGGUUUUUGAGGAAUAUACCCUUGAGAAAAAUGUAAAUCAAGAAUGGAGAGAGUGGCUAUACUCUGAAAUUAUGGGUGUAAUUAGCUACGACGUCUACAAAGAAGAAGAAUCGUGUUUGUAACAUUAGAAAACUUCUACUAGAUUGAACAUAGCAAGAAAUAUCUUGUGACUAUUACAAAUCUCAUUUUCUUA